GUUAUUUUAUUUUUUUUAGUUUGUAAAACUAAACUAAUUUAAGUGAAAAUAUUUUUUUAUAAAUAAAAAAUGAUUUAUUUGUCAUUAUUGGCAUUACUGGCUAUUUGUUUUAUAGACCAAACAUACGGUCAGCUUCAAUGUCGCGACGAAUCGGGCAAAUCGGUUGACUGGUAUGUGGUCUAUAAGUUUCCCCGACUGUCUGGCGGUGAGGCGCCAGUGGACACCGGUUUUCACUACGCUUUCAUUACCAGCGAAUCCAAGUCGGGUUGGAUUUUGUCCGACUUAGGGAUUACAGAUAAGAAGUCGAUAUUUGGACAGACAUUGCAACCCCUAUACGACAAGUUCAUUGACUCGCAUAUUAGUUAUAUCAACUAUAACGAUCAGACGCCCGACAAUAAAACUACGAGUGGCGGAGCUCACGCCAAGGGUGUUGUCGGUAUUGAUAAAACACACGGGUUUUGGCUCAUUCAUAGUGUGCCAAAGUUUGCCUCAAAAGAGUCGACCCAUACCUACGAAUAUCCGAAAACCGGUGGCCGUUACGGACAGACAGCAUUGUGUAUAUCCAUCAGCAUCGCUGAAGUGGACAAAGUUAUUGAACAAUUGCUUUAUAUGCAGCCACAGGUCUAUUCAAUUAAGGUGUCGUCCGACUUGAAGUCAGUGUCCAAAAAUAUAGCGGCACUUGAAAAUAAAGAUUGGGAAACGGGUCAAUUGAACGUACGGUACAUUCAGAGUACAGGUGGUGUCAAUUAUACCAGUUUUAGUAAGAGUCCCGGCGAUCACGUAGAUCUUUAUGCCGAUAUAGUUGCUCCCAAACUCAGUACAGACCUAUACGCCGAAACCUGGCGUCAGGGUGUCGGCACACCGUUGCCAUCUGAGUGUGACCUCAAGAAAACGGUCGAAAAUGUUCACACAAUUGGCUAUAAGUUUUCCAACUCUAAGCUUAGCGGACAGUUUGAUUAUCUCAACGAUCACAGCAAAUGGGCCAUUGGUAAGACUUCGGCCAAACCCUAUGUAUGUUUCGGUGAUAUGAAUCGUAUGAAAAGUCAGUUCAAAAGAGGCGGCGGAACCACUUGUUUCGAGACGCCGACGGUUUGGAAGAAUAUGAACGAAUGGGUGGCACGAGUGGACAAAUGCAAGAGUUAAUUGAUAUUUAGAUAUAAAAAAGACAAAAUAAAACAUUAAUAUAAAAAUCCACUGAAAAAAGUUUUUUAUGAUUAAAUUAAAUAAUAAAACAUAAUAAGAAUAAAUCUUAAAUUAAUUUUAAAUAAUAAAUUUUAAUAU